CUGUGUGUUUGAGGUUGAGUAAAGCAGAUUGAGAACAGCAGACUGCAGAUUGAGACAGAGAGGACAGAAAAUCCAGUACAAAAAGAAGAAAAGAGUGUAAAAAAGAAAAGUUAGAAUACAGGAGCCUGAACACUCCUAUAGGAGAAGAAGACUGACUCUAGGAUGGCUGGAGUAUGGCGUUGCAUGCUGGCAGUGGUGGCGUUAAUGUGUGUGUGUCUGUGGGAUUCCACUGAGGCUGUAGGGGGGGCUGUGAGUCGACCGCGACCCCAAAGACGACCUCGCAAGAAGCCAAAGGUUGAGCCUAUCGACGUGACCCCAGCUGCACAGAACGUAGACAUACAACAGAUGACAGGAACUUGGUACCUGCUAAACACCGCCUCCAAAUGCUCUUACCUGAUAAAUCAUGGAACCAAGGUGGAGCCCACAGUCAUGACCCUCACACGUUCCUCUCCCACAGAUGAGACGCUGUCUGUUAGCACAAAAACAAGACAUAAUCACCAGUGUUGGGAGAUAUUACAGGUCUACGAUCUAACACCAACCCCAGGAAAGCUAACACUUAAAGGAACUCGUCCUGAGCUCAACACUGAGAUAGCGAUCGGGGAGACGGACUACACUUCAUAUGCGAUCAUGUACUACCAGAAACGGGGCAAGAUCACGAUGAAACUCUAUGGCAGGUCUACAGACAAUCUGUCGGAGCCAAUGCUAACCAAGUUUGAGCAGCUUGCUGAAAAACAGGGUUUGGGGCUGGCAUACCUCUUCCCCUUCCCCACAUACAGCCACUGUGGUGACGUGGACCAGGAUCAUGUAAUCAACUGUGUCCCCACAUGCUGAGGAGGCAGAGCCGUGCAGCAGACAGAUCCAGCCUUGCAGUGUUCUGCAGUUCUUACGCAAAUAUCUAAUUACUGUAUCACUGAAGUUGUUGAAAGACUGAACAAAGGUCUUGAAAUUGUAAAGCUGUCACCUUUAAAUGUUACCAGAUACAAAUAAAUAAAAUGGAGCACAAUCA